CACACAAAAAUAGCCUCGUUGUGAGGACACCGACCUCCGAACAAACAAGCAUAGGUCCCGGGUAUACCUCCAUAUGGUGGUUUUCAUACGAGGGCAUUAUUAAGCGUGAAAUUAGAAGAACAGGACCCAUCUUUUGCUUGUUUCAGAUCCGGGACAUAGAGAUCACAUACCCGCCUCUUUUGCCUUCUCCUUCCCAUCCCCCUCUUUCUGGACCCGAUAGCGUUUUACAGCCUCUCCGCUCAUUCUCGCUCUCAACCAUCUUUGUUCUCCACGAGCCUUGGCCAGGCACCCUACCCCGGAGAGCCAAAGUGCGUGCGUGACUCGUGAACAGGGGUAGGAAGCUCCUUUCGCUCUCCCGCAAUGGCGUCCGUGAUGGGGUCCCGAACUCUGAGCAAAGAUGAUGUCAAUUAUAGGCUACAUUUUCGCAUGAUUAACGAGCAGCAAGUGGAAGAUAUCACAAUUGACUUUUUCUACAAACCUCACACCAUCACACUGUUGACCUGCACAGUGGUCAGCUUGAUGUACUUUGCCUUUACCAGGAAUGAUGCAGAUCCUGACAGCAACCUCUGGGUGGGCUUCAUCUUGGUGAUGUCCUUCUUCCUGAUCAUCAGCAUCCUUGCAUUUCCCAAUGGUCCGUUCACCAGGCCACAUCCAGCAAUAUGGCGCAUGGUUUUUGGUCUGAGUGUAUUGUACUUCCUGUUCCUGGUCUUCAUCAUCUUCCUAAACUGGGAACAGGUGAAGAAGCUGAUGUACUGGCUGGAUCCCAACCUGCGGUAUGCAACCCGGGAGGCGGACGUCAUGGAAUAUGCAGUCAAUUGCCAUGUGAUCACCUGGGAGCGAAUCCUGAGCCACUUUGACAUCUUUGCCUUUGGACACUUCUGGGGCUGGGCCAUGAAAGCCCUGCUCAUCCGCAGCUAUGGGCUCUGCUGGACCAUCAGCAUCACCUGGGAGCUCACAGAGCUCUUUUUCAUGCACCUGCUGCCCAACUUCGCAGAGUGCUGGUGGGAUCAGGUGAUCCUGGACAUUCUGCUGUGUAACGGAGGGGGGAUCUGGCUGGGCAUGACGGUCUGCCGCUUUCUGGAGAUCCGCACGUACCACUGGGCCAGCAUCAAGGACAUCCACACAACAACGGGAAAGAUAAAGCGUGCUGUGCUACAGUUCACACCUGCCAGUUGGACAUAUGUGCGCUGGUUUGAUCCCAAAUCCUCCUUCCAGAGGGUGGCCGGUAUCUACCUCUUCAUGAUCAUCUGGCAGCUGACCGAGCUGAACACCUUCUUCUUGAAGCACAUAUUUGUGUUCCAGGCUUGUCAUGCACUCAGCUGGUGCAGAAUACUGUUCAUAGGAAUCAUCACUGCCCCCACAGUCCGGCAGUAUUAUGCAUACCUCACAGACACACAGUGCAAAAGAGUUGGGACACAGUGCUGGGUCUUCGGUGCUAUUGCUUUCUUGGAAGCCCUGGCAUGUAUUAAAUUUGGACACGACCUGUUCUCCAAAACCCAGGUCCUGUAUGUCAUACUCUGGCUCCUGUGUGUGGCCUUCAUUACUUUCCUGUGUCUGUUCGGGAUGGUGUGGUACGCAGAGAACUACGGCCCCAGGCAGAAGACCUUUUCAGAAUGUGAGGACAGUAGCUUCAUAGAUUCGUGUGGAUAUAUUCCUGAAACAUUUAAAGCAGCGGUAGAGAAGGAGGCUGGGAGCUCUGCGGCCCCGUCUAGACGGAAGAGAGGCUCGGGGAAGAACAAGGCCUCUAACGGCCUGGGGAGCAAGAAGUAAACCCCAGAGCGGAUACGACCCCAACACACCCAGGCAGUCUGGGGUAGCGGGAGGGAGAACCCAGAGCCAGAGAGCUGGACACCUGUACAUGCACAUUUCUGGGGGAAGAGGAAGCAAAGCAGAACUGAGGAAAGAUGACCAGUGAGAAGCCGGUACCUCUACGCUUCUGCAGAGUUGAACGGCCUGAACUUUCUCUCCGAAUAUAUGCUCCCAGAUUUCAGUGUUCAGCGUGCCCCCUGCAUCACCCAUACCCCUCUUGUGUCCCCUGCUCCCAGCCCACAGCCGGGUCAUUUUUGUGUUUGCGUGUGAGUGUGUCUGUUAAUCUUACAUAUAUCCAACUGCAUCUUUUUUUAUUUAACAGACUGUGGCCCCGUGAGUGGCAUCAUUGUCUCAUUUUGUGCAGUUAAAAUCACAGACAUUUUCUCACUGGAAAACAAGGGAUUCCUUAGCAUACACUGUGUGUACUUGCAGGAAGAGGUAAGCAUUUUUCCAUUAAUCAAUAACUGUAUGUGCCUAGCAAGCCAUGUUUAUGGUCUACAUUAAGGCAGCGUUAACAGACUUCUGACUGUCCCAUGCAUUCCCAUGUGAAACACUGAAUCCAGUCAAAGGUCUCUGUAAAUUACUCUAACUGACUAACUUUGUUAAAUCACACACAAAUGUAUAGGGACCUAUGUGCAGUUUCACAUUGGUUUACCAAUUGGAAUAUAAAGUGAGCUUGCUAAAAUAAAGUGCUUUGCUUGUCUCUUUUGA